UACAAGCCAUUAUAAAUGUUCUGUUCCAACAAUCGUAUGAGUAUUCAUUGCGUGAUUGCAUGUACAAGGUGAAAAAAGAAAUUAAUAGUAUCGUAAAUCUUACAAUUUUAUUCUUAAUGAAAUUUUGGAUAAGAAAAGAAUAAAAAGUGCAGAUAUGAAAGUGCAUUAGAAAUAUUGACUGUUGUAAUGUGACAUACAUUACAAGAAUGGAUUUCAUUUCUUUGGUACUGUGCACUGUUUGCAUUAUUGUGAUUUUCGCAGUUCUGUCGUUAUUGUAUGAACAGUAUGUUACUAAACAGAAAUUUAAAAACAUUCCUCAAACCGAAGGAUAUCCUCUUAUUGGUUCAACACUAAACUUGAUAAAACUACCGGGACAUGAACGCAGCAAAUGGUUCUUGUCCUUUAUGGAGAAGACAUGUAAAGAAGGAAUAUUCAUACAAUGGCUUGGACCCGUGCCUCUCAUUUAUUUAUUUAAGCCAGAAUAUUUAGAGAAAAUUUUACCCAGCACAGUAAAUAUUACAAAAGGGAGUGAUUAUAAUCUGAUAAAACCUUGGUUGGGCAAUGGGCUUAUUCUAUCUACAGGUCAAAAAUGGUUCCACGACAGAAAACUUAUCGGGCCAACAUUCCAUUUUACUAUAUUAGAACAAUUUGCUAUAAUUCAGUCUGAAAAGGCAGAAAUCCUUUUAAAGUGUAUCAAGAAAGAAACAGAAAAAUAUCCAGGAAAAGCCAUUAAUAUCUUCCCUUUUUUAAUGAGAGUUGCUCUUGAUAUUAUCUGCGAAACGGCUAUGGGUGUGGAUAUACGUGUUCAAGAAACCGAAACUAAAUAUACAUCAGCUUUACAGGAAAUGUCCGAUUUAACAGUGGAACGAUUCUUUACACCAUGGUAUUGGAUUGACUCGUUGUUUUAUUUAUUGCCCGCAGGGAAGAAGUUUAAAUCAGCAAUUGACAUAUUGCAUAAAUUUACGACAGAGAUAAUAAGUAAAAAGAAAGCUGAACGAAAAUCACAAAACGACCAUACGGAACUUAAAAAGGAUGAGGAUAAUGAUGUUAACAUAGGUAAGAAAAAUAGAAAAGCGUUCUUAGAUCUAUUAUUAGAUCAGAAUGAGAAAUCAGACACACCCAUGACCGAUGAUGAGUUAAGAUCGCAAGUCGACACAUUUAUGUUUGCGGGACACGACACAACUUCAAUGGCAAUGACUUGGGCACUUUUUCUCUUGGGUAAUAAUCCAGAGCAACAGGAAAAAGUUCACGAAGAACUCGAAGAGGUUUUUGGAGAUUCAGAUGCACCAGCUACCGCAACGGAUUUGGCGAAAUUAAAAUAUCUCGACAGAGUCAUAAAGGAAACACUCCGAUUAUUCCCGAGUGCACCUGUAAUCUCAAGAGAACUAGUAGAAGAUGUAAAAUUGGAUGUUUGUACGCUUCCAAAAGGUUACACGAUUGUAAUGGGAAUUUUUCUUGCACAUCGAAACCCAGAAGUUUGGCCAGAUCCAUCGAAAUUCGAUCCGGACCGCUUUCUUCCUGAAAACUCGAGAGAUAGGAGUGCGUACGCCUACGUUCCGUUCAGCGCUGGACCUAGAAACUGUAUAGGCCAGAGAUUCGCUUUACAAGAACAGAAAAUUAUAUUAACUGCUAUUCUUAGAAAAUAUAGAGUAAAAAGCGUGAAAACGCUCGACGAGAUUAAGUAUGCCGUUUCUAUCGUUUUACGACCAAAUGAAGAAGUACUUGUACAUUUAACGCCGAAGAAAUGAAUUGUUCUUCAGCAAAAAUAUAUCCAAUUUUUAUAAUUUUUUAUUAAUUUUUUAUGUGUACAGAUUGUAUAUGUAUAUAAUGCAUAUAUUUUUACAUCUA